AUGAAAAUGACUAUGUCCACGACAGCGACAAUGAGCGCCCGCGUGCACAGGAAAGUGAUGCGAGCGCCGCAUAAACGCGUGCACCCGGGCAAAAUACUGCACGCCGGGAAGAUGGUGCACCCGGGGAAAAACGUUCAUGGCCCGGGCAAGUUUGCGCACCUGGGCAAGUUCGGGAAGCUCGGCCACUACGCGCACACGCACUCGCUGCGGCCCCCGGAGCCUUGCGAGAACAGUAACGACAGCGGCCUCGGGCCCGACCCGGGCAACAGAUUAUCCGAGGUAGCGGAGGAGUGGGAUCAACCAGAAACGAAAAGGCGGCGUGAGAACGAGACGGGUGUUAAGAUAGAGUGCGACGACGCUAACGAUGCGUACGCGUUCGCGCUGCCCGCAGCGCCGACGCAUGCGUCCGCUCUGCCCGACGCUGCGCCCGCCCUCCCUGUCCCCGCAAUAAGAGCAGGCUGCAGUAUAUCUAGUCCAAAUAUAUCGGAGACGUCCGGAAAGAGGUUUCAGGAUCCUACGUACAGAUCUGUCGGCAAACUGGGGAACAGCGGCAAGCUGGGCAACAAGUAUGCCGGUGGGGGUAAAUUAGGGGGGAAAUUGGGUGGUAAACUGGCCGGAAAGCUGGGUGGAAAGUAUGGUGGAAAAUUGGCACAAGCAUUGGCCAGGCGAAGAGCACUAGCGGCAAUGACACAUUCGGGCCCGCCUGGGCUGUCAGCUCCGCUAUCCAGCAAGUCGCGGGAUGGAACAGUGGAGCUACAGAUCUUAUGUCAGCCCGAGACCCAACACAGAGCAAGAUACCAGACAGAAGGUAGUAGAGGUGCAGUCAAAGACAAUACUGGCAACGGGUUCCCGGUAGUUAAAUUAAUCGGUUACGACAAGCCUGCUGUUCUGCAGGUUUUCAUAGGAACGGACACGGGUCGCGUCGCGCCACAUAUGUUCUACCAAGCGUGCCGCGUCUCCGGGAAGAACUCCACGCCCUGCAAGGAGAGAAAAGAAGAUGGGACCGUUGUCAUAGAGAUAGACCUGGAACCGGCCAAGAAUUGGCAGGUCACGUGCGACUGCGUCGGAAUACUCAAGGAACGCAACGUGGACGUGGAACACCGGUUCGGUGAUGCGCUGGGCAGCACCAGCGGAGCCCACGCGGCGAGAGGGAAGAAAAAGUCUACGCGCUGUCGCAUGGUCUUCCGCACAGAGAUCCUCGACUCCAGCGGACAGCCGGAGACACUGCAAGUGUGCUCCACGCAGAUUAUAUGCACACAACCUCCUGGCGUACCAGAAGUGUGCAGGAAAUCCUUAGUUUCGUGUCCUGCAACGGGCGGCCUGGAACUGUACCUGUUAGGGAAGAACUUCCUGAAAGAAACCAGAGUGGUGUUCAGACAUCAGCAGGAGAGUAGCACGUGGGAAGAGGAAGUGGCACCCGACAAGGAGUUCUUGCAACAAACGCACCUGGUGUGCUGCGUGCCGCCGUACCAGCGGCGCGACCUCGCGGAGCCGGUGUGCGUGCAGCUGUUCGUGCGCUCGGCCGGCAAGGCGUCCGAGCCGCACGCGUUCUACUACACGCCGGCCUCGCGCUCGCCGCUGCACUGCACCACGCACCCGUCGCACGCGCAUGCGCACUCCUCAGGUAACGACCUCGCGACACGUGCGCCUAUCUACCUCGCGCCCGCCGGCCGCCAGUAACGGGCCGUGUGCGCAGGUGAGGAGGCGCGGCCGGUGGCGUGCUGGGGCGCGGGGCUCAUGCCGCCCCCGCAGGCGCCCGCGCGCCGGCCCUCGCUCAUCGUGCCCGACCCGCACUCGCCGCUGGGCCUGAAGAGCGAGGUAACGGACGACUCGAGUCAACAUUCGUUGAUCGACGGAACGGAAGGCUGCUCGGACGGUGACAAGCCAAUGACUGAUGAACUCAGUGUCAUGGAUCUUCGACUUAAGUCUGAGACUGUCGGCCGGGAUGGACAGUCGCAGGUCGGCUUCGCAUACGAUUCGAUCAAACUAUCACCGGCAACACCAACCCAAAGCGAGUCCCCCUCGCCCAUGGUGUCCUUCACGCAACAGCUGCAGGCAAUCCAAAACCAGGUUCAGACGGACAAAAUGGUCGAGUCCGUCACGGCCGCCAUUUUCAAUUCAGAUAACGCAGGCCAGAUAUACGUCGACUCGCCCAUACUGCCGAUGAACACUAUGGACACGAUGCAGCAGCUCAUUUCAGCGAAGACGACGAUGGAUCCUCUGGGAUCGGACAUGAAAGUACUCAACCCGGAACUGAUGAUGACGGACUCGAGGAUGCAAACGACGGUCAUGCAGUCGACUAACGAACAGAGACUGAUGGCGUACAACCAGGUGCAGUCGGAGAGGGAGGAGAGCUUCAACCCGUUCGGCGCCAUGACGAAGAUGGAGGCGACGCAGAUCGAGCGGCGCCUGGCGCAGCAGACGGCGCACAUGGAGGCGCUGGUGGAGGACGCCAUGAAGGCCACGGCCGCCAUCCUGCCCGCCGACGCCGCCAAGCUGGACGAGCUGGUCAACUCGCGCGCCGACGACCACCUGUCGGGCUCCUCGUCGUCGCCGUCGGGCGCCUCGCACGCCUCCGACGUCAUCCUCAGCCCCAACGCGGCCGUGGGCGCCCGCGGCGAGCUGCUGCCGCCCGCCGCGCCGCCCGCCCUGCCGCCCGCCCUGCCGCCCGCCCUGCCGCCCGACGUCAUCCUCAACCCCGCCGUGUCGCCCAGCGUCCUCUGCGAGCCCGCGCCGCGCAUCGUGCUGCCGGCCGGCGGCGCGCAGGACGAGCUCAUGAUGAUGCCGGACAUCCCCUCGUCGGUGAAGACGCCGCCGGCCGCCGUCAAGUCGAUGAUCCUGAACGCGGCCGCCGAGAUCCUGACGUCGGACUCGACCAUGAACGCGCUGGUCACGUCGGCCAUCAACACGGCGAACAUCCUGUCGGAGACGGCGGACGACGCCGCGCCGCCGGCCGAGCCCGCGGGCGAGCCGCUGGCCGCCAUGUCGCAGGCCGUGUCGCAGGCCGUGACGCAGGCCGUGUCGCAGGCGGUGUCGCAGGCCGUGUCGCAGGCCGUGUCGCAGGAGAUGGCGGCGCCCGUGCAGGGCCUCACCGACAUGAGCGACCAGGACCUGCUCUCCUACAUCAACCCCAGCACCUUCGACCAGGCCUUUAACCCUCUCACCGGCACGGAGAUGUACAGAAGCUCCGGAUUUUCGUCUCAUCAGCGCCAAGAAUGCUAUAGAAGCCCUUUAUUUUAACAGUCUUAUUAAAGUAAAUUUACAUUA